AUGGUCGCCGAACAUCUCACUGUCCGCAACCUGACCCGGACGCCGGUCGUCCUCAAGCUGGUCGAGCGCUUCAACCCGCCGGAUGCGCCCAAGACGCUCGCAGGCACCUUCACCACCAUGAUGAACAACAUCACAGGCACCCCGGCUGAAGUCGCUGCCAUCCAGGAUGGGACGGAGUCCUUUGCGCGCAGGGACGUUGACGUUCGCGUGGAGCCCUUCCAGUCUCUGACCAGCGAUGUCAAGUCCUUUGACAAGUCGGACAAGGAGCGUAUGCGCCUCACCUUCGAAAUCGAAGGAGAACGGUACCAGAUCCAGGUCCCACUGCCUACCAAGGAGACAAUAACCAUGAAGUGUCUCUCUCCUGACCCGCGUUUCCACUUCACGGGCGUCUACAACGCUGAACACGCCCACCUGGCCCUCUUUUCAUCCGCCAACCUCAGCUGCUGGAUGCGUGAGCUCAAGGACGAUACCCUGACCUCCGCCCUCUCCAUACCGGGAACACACAACUCUCCCACAUGCCAUGUUGCUCCUCCCUCUGUGCGCUGCCAGGCCGCCAGCCCGCGUGAACAGCUCGAUAAUGGAGUCCGCUUCUUCGACAUACGUGCCCACCCGCAGUGGCCCAACGAUGCAUCCAAAGACGGGCUACUGCUCGCCCACAGCGUCUUCCCCGUCUCCCUCACCGGCCAAAAGACGUUCAAGGAAAUGCUCGGUCAGGUCGAGGAGUUCCUCGACCGUAACCCGUCAGAGACACUCAUCAUGUCUCUCAAGCGUGAGGGCCCUGGAGAUCACAACGACCACCAGCUGGCCAACAUCCUAAAGACACAUUAUGCCAACGCAAAGCCAUCACGCUGGUACACUGACACCAAAGUGCCGACGUUGGGUGAAGCAAGAGGUAAAAUAGUCCUCGUCCGCCGCUUCGAUAUCCCGGAUCACCUAAAACAGGAACACGACGGUCGAGGCUGGGGUAUCGACGCUACCGGCUGGGCUGAUAACACUGACUAUCACCUCUGUCCCAGCGGCACGAUCUGCAUCCAAGACUUUUACGAAGUCCUAGAGACAGAGAACAUCGAGAAGAAGGUCGGCUUCGUCAACGCCCAGCUCUGUCGAUCUGCUGAAUCCUGUUACCCUGUUGGCACUCGCAAGCCAGACGGAGACGGGUGCCCAUUCUUCAUCAACUUCCUGAGCGCAAGCAAUUUCUGGAAAGUGCAGACUUGGCCUGAGAAAAUUGCUGCGAAGCUCAAUCCAGCCACGGUCGAUUAUAUCUGUCGCUCUCACAAGGCGGACAAAGGUGACUGGUCGACUGGUAUUAUCGUUUGUGAUUGGGUGGGCAAGGACGGAGACUGGAAUUUGGUCAGAUGCAUUGUUGGAAUGAACUCCAAGCUGGAAAAGAAUUAG